AUUUGAAACAUCUGAAAUGACACAUUACAAGAUGAGAAUUACAGCACGAUCUCCAUUGGUAGCACUCAUCAAACCCCAACCAUCAUUGAAUUGACAGUUGAAAAGUGCCUAUAAAUUUGUUUUGGCUCUGCUUCCAGAAUGCCACACUUUUUGUUUUAAAGGUCUCCUCUCGGCUUCUCAGCCCUUUAGCACCAUGUAAUCAUCCUCAGAAACCAAAGCACGCAUAUUCAGAUGGUAUUCUUCAAAGAAGAAAAAGUAAAGUAACUGAAGUGGAGUAAAGAUUGUGAUCUUUACUCCUCAUCAUUUCUGUUCUGACUAAAUGCCAUUAAUAUAAUUCUUUUCAGUGCCAUUCCUAUGCCCUCUCCUAGGCUCCCUUCUCAGCCUGCUUUUCAGCUCCUAAAUCCAAUCUAUUGUAACCAAAAGAAAGAGGCGCGGCAAAGGAUAGCUCAUCUAAGGAUAAACGUUUGGAAGAAGAGAAGGGAAUUUCCUCACCCCCGCCCCUCCCGAUACUUUUUCUUCAAGAGGAAAAGGAACUGAACUGAUUACUUGCGGGAAGUUUUCUUGUUUUCGUUACGUCAUCCACGGGAGUACAUAAAAAAGACUUCAGGCGAAUGAACAGCUCCAGUACACAAACAGCACAAGCGACGGCUGCAGCUGCAAUGGAAAUCAGCAUACACAACGGAAGCACGCUGCUGUUUUGUGACGAGCCAUAUGACUUGCCAAACGCGCCGGCUCUACAGCCUCUGUGGAACUUUGUCCGUAGGCAGGAGAGCUUGCUCAAGUCUCCCUUCUUCCCGGUGCUGUUCAACUUUGCAAUCUAUACAGCUUUCUGCUUUCCUUUUAUCGCCCUGGAUUUUUUAAGCUCUUGGAUCUCCGUCUUGAGGAAGUAUAAAAUCCAACCGCACAGCUCGCCUACACCGCAGAUGGUGGUUCUUUGCCUGGCUCAGAGCAUCUAUCACCACAUCGUGUGUAUCUUUCCAGUGACUGUUGCGCAUUGGUACUGGAGGCCAGUGAACUUGCCUAGCAUCGCUCCCGAGGUACCCGCGCUUCUCCUGCAGGUAGCUGUUUGCCUGCUGUUGUUCGAUUUCUUGUCCUUUUUGUGGCAUUUGCUCCACCAUAAAGUGCCCUGGCUCUACAAAAAUUUCCACAAGGUCCACCACAAACACGUCUCUACCUUUGCUCUGACCACUCAGUUUGCCAGCAUUUGGGAGCUGCUCUGGCUGGGUUUCUUUGCUGUAAUUGGUCCGAUGCUGUUGGGGUGUCAUCCACUGACGGAAAUGACUUUCUUCACGGCCAACAUCUGGUUGUCAGUAGAAGAUCAUUCUGGCUAUGACCUGCCAUGGUCAACCCAUAAACUGGUGCCUUUUGGCCUGUAUGGAGGAGCUCCACACCAUGAUCUCCAUCAUCAGAAGUUCAAGUUCAACUAUGCACCUUACUUUAAACACUGGGACUGGCUAUUUGGAACCCUUAGCCAUGCUCAGAAGCCAAGCGAUGUGAAGGUCAACAAAGAUUAAUUUUUAUCUUUUACCCUAUCCUUCCCAGAAUCAAUAUUUGGAAGCUCUGGUGUGAAAAAAACAAACUGAGGAAUUUUGCACUGAACGUAUUUAUGCAAAUAUGUUUAUAAUAUUUAUGGUUUGGGAUUUGAUUGCAAUGACACAAACUGUGUGAAAGAGAUAAAAACAGUAUGUUUUUUUGUGGGGAUAUCUGGGCUUUUAUAAAGCUGUUAUAAAUGAGUGGCUAAUAUAUAAGUUUGCUGGUUUGAAGAUAUGUAUUUAUAUAAUUAUAUAUUAUGUAUAUAAUUCCUAUGGAAUUUUUCUCAUCUUCACAUUGAGGAGAAAAGGCUUCUUUUUGUAAACAUUGCUAUUCAUUUGCUAACCUGAAAGCAGUACUGAUAUUUUGUCUUGUGAAAUUUAAGUUAUUUAUAUUAUUUUUAUAUUUGAUGAAAUAAAUCACAA